CCGUAGAGGUGGUAUGCCAGCAGCCGCAGAUCUUGUAUAAAGUAGACCCUAUCCUACCCUCCGUAGAUCUCCUGUUUGCUUCUAGAUCAUCAGGAAAGACGUGGACGCCUUCUACUCUCGUUUAACUUAUACGUUCGUUCUAAAAUAACAUCUCUAGGCACUACCCCUUAUCCCCUGUUCAAGAUGAAGUACACCACCUUUGCCGCCAUCCUGGGCCUCAUCCCCUCUGCCCUGGCCCAUGGCUACCACUCCCGCCGCAGCGGCGUCCUUGAAGAGCGAGCAGACACAUCUACCAAGGACGUACCCCGUCCCAAGAUUGGAAGUGUUCCCUACGGCCAGAUCAUCGAGAGGUGCACGCAGCCUGGCGUUGUCGCCAUCACCUUCGAUGACGGCCCAAGCGGAUUCACCAGCAGCCUGUUGGAUCUUCUGAGCCGUGAGGGAGCCAAGGCUACCUUCUUCAUCACGGCCAACAACAUCGUCCCUGUCGAGACUGACCAGGGCAGGCAAAUCGUCAACCGCGCCCACAGUGAUGGACAUCAGAUCGCUCACCACUCGUGGACGCAUCAGGACUUCUCCGUCAUCUCGCGUGACGAGCGCACCAACGAGGUCCUCCUCCCCGAGUCUGCCUUUGCCAGCGCCUUGGGCUUCUUCCCUACCUACAUCCGCCCUCCCUAUGGAUCUUGCAACGCCGACUGCCAGUCUCAUCUCGGUGAGCUGGGCUACCACGUCAUUAACUGGAGCAUUGACAGUGAUGACUGGAGGAAUGUUCCCGACAACAUUGCCGCCUCCGAGGCCGUCAUCACCCAGCAGUUGACCAACUCGGGCAAUGGCCACAUCAUCUUGGCCCACGACAUCCACCAGGCCACCGUCGAGCAGCUCGCCGGCCACAUGAUCCGCACAGCCAAGGAACGGGGCCUGAGAAUGGUCACCGUCGGCGAGUGCCUAGGCGACCCUGCCGCCAACUGGUACCGCGCCUUUACUCCUCCUAGCAACCCGGGCAACCCUCCGAGUGGAGGCUUGAAGCCUACUCCCGACGGUACCUGUGGUGGCACUACCGGCUACACAUGCCAAGGAUCCUCGUCCGGAAACUGCUGCAGUCAGUAUGGCUGGUGUGGCAGUAGUGGCGACCACUGCAACGCCGGGUGCCAGUCGGCCUUUGGAACCUGCGGGUCUACUCAGACCCCCCCUCCGAGCGGUGGCGGCCUAACUGUUUCCCCUGAUGGUACAUGCGGUGGCAGCACUGGCUUUACCUGCCAAGGAUCAACCUCCGGGAAUUGCUGCUCUCAAUGGGGCUGGUGUGGAACGUCUACAGACCACUGUGCCGCUGGAUGCCAGUCCGCGUUCGGCACUUGCUCUUAAAACUUGAAACGACCAAAAAGCUAAUCGCAACUUUCUUCUCUGUUUUAUAUUAUAUACUUUUGUAUAAUUUUUUUCUUCCACCGGUACACAGAGCUGGAUUACGAGGAUGGGUAGAUACAGAAGGCAGCGCCAUAAACAAACAGUAAAAUAGAGGCUUAAUUGAUCCACGCCACCCUACUUUGAUUCUGCGCACGAGCCACAGUCACUUUAUCACUCUCACGCCAAUCUUCGUGCCUUG